AACAAAAUAUAAGUCUAAGGAAGAGAGGUGAAUUCUGAGACAGUAGGAAUAAUUCUGACUUAUCAAUUUUUUAACAUCAGUCUCACAAUUCGGUCCUGACUUAAAAACAUAAGGGAUACCACGUAUCUCAACUGCCAUUUUAAAAUCCAAAAGCCAGAACCCUAAUUCUGAAUUUGUAAUCAAUAGGAAUGUUGCUUAAAUCUGAGCUCAAACUCUGGGAGGCGCGGUCUCUUUUAGGCUCUGACCCCUGUUUUGUGACUGCUUGUGAUCGGUAACGCGUUUGUAAUUGACUUAUUGUCCUGAAGUUAAAUUGUCAGCCCGACUCAUGCCGUCUUCGCGCCAUAUUGUUUCUGAGCCACGAGUGACGUCAUUCGUUCUUGUUGCUCUCGUGAACGCCCCUCUUUUAAACUUUCACACUGCGCUUCGAUUGGCUGCUACAAACCACAUGACCAACGGUCGCGGGAAGGCUAUUGCCACGCGCGUGAUAGGAAGAAGAAGAAGAGUGCUCGACUCUUUCAAACUUAAGUGUAAACAUAGCUUUUAUUUCGGAAAGACGUGACUCAUUGUCGACUUUACUUUUACCAAGAAGGCAGUGACGCAUAGUGAUACUCGACUUGACCGAGUAGUAUUCAAUUUUAACGUCGACUGUAAACGUAAUCUGUCGGCGAACUCAGUCAAACUUCUCUGCCAUUAUUCAGCGGUUGGUGGGCGUGUGGACCUAAACUUUACCACCUGGAAGUUAACGGACUUGUUGGCUUUUUUGCCUUGUUUUUGUUUGGCGGUACCUUAUUGUAAGGUAUUGGAAGUUUAUUUUUCUCUUUUCUAUCUGAUAGCUUUCACUGCUGCGGUUAUAGUGGGAAUCCACAGCGCGUGAUUCGAUCGUCGACGUCGCUGGGGUUUAAAUCAGGAAAAUGUCGACAUACAGUCGCCAUCGACGAGGAUCUCCUUCACCAAAGAUGCCGCUGAUUCGUCAGAAACUACUCUUCGCGUCCAGCGACGGAGAGGACGAUCCCAUUGAGGACGUAAACAACAGUACCGGGGGAGAAUCCGGCUUCACGGAGAUUGAUUCACCCAUGCCAAGGCGACGGGACUCGGACGACAAGCGCCUAGACAGCAGCCCUCUGAAUCGCUCGGUCGAGGAAGACGAAGUGGAGUUGUGGGACGAGGAAGGCUUUGGUUCUCCAUCUUACCCCCGGUCCCUCGGCAGGGUAGUUUCUGCCAAUUGUUCACCAUCACCAAGAAAAUCUUCUAGGCUUUACGGCGGUUCACCCGAGCCAUCUUACGUCCAGGACGACGGGGAGGGAUCCAGCUCCCCGAUCCCAGAUUGUCCAGAUACUCCUCCACACAAGACCUUCAGAAAACUGCGGCUCUUUGACACACCACACACACCAAAGAGUCUGCUGUCCAGAGCCAGGACUGGCACUGGGUCUUCCACUAGGAGAGUUGCUCUCUUCAAGAAUGUAGAACCCACAGCAAAGUCAAUCGCAAACAGCAGCAGGAGGCAACAGACCCCUGUGGUCAACUUUAACCCCUUCACCCCCGACUCCAUCCUCAUCCAGUCAGUCACACAGCAGAGGAACAAUAGGAAGAGGGCACACUGGGAUGACUCUUGUGGAGAAGACAUGGAGGCCAGUGAUGGUGAAGGAGACUAUGCAUUUCUGCCACCUUCAAAGAGAAUCACCAUGAUGGAAAGCAACAUGAUGUCACGGUACACCUCAGAGUUCCUGGAACUGGAAAAGAUCGGCUGUGGAGAGUUUGGUGCUGUUUUCAAGUGUGUGAAGAGGCUCGACGGCUGCAUCUAUGCCAUUAAGAGGUCAAAGAAACCUUUGGCUGGAUCAGUGGAUGAACAGAACGCCCUGAGGGAGGUGUACGCCCAUGCCGUCCUGGAACAACGUCCCCAUGUGGUGCGAUACUACUCAGCAUGGGCGGAGGAUGACCACAUGCUCAUACAAAACGAGUACUGCAACGGAGGCACACUGUCCGACAUCAUUGCAGAAAACGACAGGCGGCUCAGUUACCCCUCCGAACUAGAGCUCAAAGAUCUGCUGCUCCAAGUGGCACAAGGGCUGAAGUACAUCCAUUCCACAUCUCUUGUGCACAUGGACAUUAAGCCCAGCAAUAUUUUCAUUUCUCGUAAAUCUGUGACGAGCUGUGAUGAAUGUGAAGAUGAAGGACCGACGACCAGUGUGGUCUACAAAAUUGGUGAUUUAGGUCAUGUGACCAGAGUGAAUAAUCCACAAGUGGAGGAGGGGGACAGCAGAUAUUUGGCUAAUGAAGUUUUACAAGAGAAUUACAGUGACCUAACAAAGGCGGACAUCUUCGCUCUGGCUCUGACCAUAGUCAGUGCCGCUGGUGCUGAGCCUCUUCCCACAAAUGGAGAGAAAUGGCACGAAAUACGUCAAGGAAAACUCCCAAGUAUCCCUCAAGUCCUUUCGCUGGAAUUCCUAGGUCUCCUCAAGCUCAUGAUUCACCCAGAUCCAAGCAAAAGACCAUCAGCGUCAGACCUCAUCAAACAUCCAGUUCUCCUCACUGCUGCCAGGAUGAGUGCAGAUCAGCUGCGACUUGAACUCAAUGCUGAGAAGUUUAAGAAUGCUCUGCUACAAAAGGAGCUGAAGAAAGCUCAGUUGGCCCGGGCUGCAGCUGAGGAGAAGGUGUUGUCAAAGGACAGGGUCCUGACCCGUUCUACAGUUCAGUCAAACCCCAGAUCCACCCGACUCAUCGGGAAAAAGAUGAACCGGUCGGUUAGUCUGACCAUCUACUAAAACUUAAACUCUAACAGGAAAUCUCCUGAUGGAACCUAACAGUAACCUGGUCUGUAGCCAUGGCCUGUGAGUCAUUGUUCAGCAAAACAUCCGUUAAAGACUGUUGUCAAACUGAACUUGAACUCAUCUCGAAAAGAAAAUCGGCCUCUUUUUGCCGAAGAACUUGACUCUCAUUCCACAAAGGUAGUUGCGUAGCUUUUGUUAUCUGUCAUUCCUGGAAUUCAUUCCUGCGUAGAUGUCAGUGUCUGCAUGUCUCUACUUUGCACUUCCCUCUCGACAAAGCCGAAGCCCAUUGGCAGCAGAUCAAAGCUGCAGUGAAGCUCUCUUCAGUGUGAAUGUACUUGCUGCCGCCUUGUGCACCUUACUGCCUGUCAAACGCCUGAUGCUGGGUAUCAGAGGGUCUGCGAACUGACAGUUUGUUUAUUAUGAGCACUUUGUAGGCAAAAUGUGGAACAAGACACAUUUGUUUUUGAGAAAGAAAGAGAACAAAAAAAAACCUGCUGCUAUUGAUGUUUGUACGUAUCAGGGUUUGGACUUUUUCAGGUUGGAUCACUAAAGGUCAUUGGCUGAUUUAUCUUCUAGGUAGCAGGAGUUCAUCACCUUCCUCUUCCGUGGUGUAAUGUCUUUCUGUUAAUGGGAUAAAGAUUUUUUUUUUAUUUAACCAAAAAUACUUCACGUUUAAAGUACCAGUAACCAUUGAAUCAUUAUCUCUGCUGAUAGAAUAGAGCCAUGUUUUGGUUUUUGCCUGUUGAUUGGUGCUGCCAACCCUGCCCUGUAGCAUUAGAACAAUCAUUCUUUUUAGAUUCUCAUUUUUCUCCUUUUUUUUCUUCACAUCUUUCGUUAACGUAGUAGGAGUUUUCAACAGUUUUUGUGAAAUCUAACAUCUUUGUUGUACAUACUGUAUGUUUUAAUAAAUUUUCUCAUUCA